GCGCGGGCCGCAAGCCAACUUUAUUUUGGAAAGCGACGAACGUGAUAGGGUGAACGCAACCACUCGACUGGGAACGGCCGAGAGAAGGAUUAACCGUGACACCAUUAUGGAGGAGGUCGCCGGAAGCUCCAAACCCGAGGCAGAGCCUGAGGCCGAGGAACUAGAGAAAGUCUAUGGGAAGCCUAGGGAAGAGGAGCCUGCGGACAAGGUUACCGCCGCUAAGAAGAAGUUUAGGUAUCAAAUCUCGAUCUUAACCUUGCCUGAGCUUGACGACACCAUUAGCAAGUUACUAGGAACCAUGGUGUCGGUGUCUUUUCAGACCAUGCUGCAGGCUAGCCCUAUGUUGCUCAAAGGGCUCAGACACCUGUUGACUCAGAGGCGAGUAGAAAUAGGCGACAACCCCGAAUUACCAGAAGGGGAGAGGGAGGAGGAAGCUCCGCAAGAAGUGACUAACCUUCAGAGGAAUCACGGGGACUUGGAGGAUCUCGAAAAAGUCUUUGCAGACAUUCGUUUGAGCCUGACCGACCGGGAGGGCGGCGAAGUGAUAAGAUCACCACCCGGGAUAAAGCUUAGCUUUCAUGCACUGCCCAUAGGGAAACUGAAAAUCCAGAUCGGGACUCAUCAUACCGACGCAUUAGUAGACGGGGGCGCAGAAAUCACUCUCAUAAGGAGAGAUUUCUCAACGAUCACGGGAUGUACGGUAAACAAGGAAGUAACAGGGGGCAUCCGGGAAGCUGGUGGGGAAAUCCCGUUCGCUGGGUACGUCACGAAGUGUGCUGUGAGGGCAGGGAUCAGGGAAUCGAUCUGGUCGUUUCAGCGGAUGACCGUAAUGGAGGAAAUGGACCACGACAUAAUCCUCGGGAGACCGUGGUGCACGAACGUAGAGAGGAUAGGCAUGCACUUGCACGAUGGCUCGUACAUGGUAGACAUAGAGGACCCUGUGAUCGGCCUGGGAGAGCUCCUCCGACUCCUUGGAACGGGAGGAGACCCCCCGAAGGGGAAAUCGGCAACAUGGUCGCCGUCGUUCGAGGAUAGCAUACGGAAAGGGGCUUUCGCACGAAUGGAGGGUAUGAGAGAAAGGGUAGAAAUCAUGAUUGAGGAAGCAUCCAACAAGAAGGAGUGGAUCAAGAUGGGUCUGCCCCAGACGAAGAGGAGGCAGGAGGACGAAGUCCUAGGUGUUAUGGUAGCGGAAAAGGAGUCAGAGGUCGAACUUUGUGCUAGCCUGCCCAAACGGAAAGAAGUAUGCAUAGACGUGCCAGAAAUCACACUCGAGAUCCCCGAUCUAUUACAACUCAUCAAGGCCCUCGCAUACCACAAGGUAGGAGUGGAUUCGGCAGCCUUGGCCAAGUUCGAAAGAGAGGUGCAAAAGGGAUAUUGCCUGAAUGGGAAACUAAUCCCGGAAGGAAGUGUUCGAAAGUACAAGCCGGUUGGGAAGAAAGCAAGACCGGUCCUGAUUCUGCUAGAGACAUCAAAGGAAGAGGCUAUGGAGAAGGAGGAAGAGGUCUUUCGAGUGAUCCGAGAAAGAAGGGCGGCAGAGGGACAUCAGAUACCAGAUGAGGUAGCUGACACAAUGAAGAUAUGGAUAGACGGGUUCUUAACGGAAGAAGAAACCCACCUGAUCAAAAGGACCUGCCAGGAGUUUCACCUGACAUUUGCCUUUAGUGAUCACCAGAUUGGACGACUGGAUGCGAAGUCGAUCCCUCCGGUCAGAAUCCACACGGUAGAACAUGAGUGCUGGAAUGACAAGGGGUCAUCCUAUGAAUUUGGGAUAGCAGGAGAAGUAACAGACCUCCUCCGAGCAAAGAUGGACUCCUUCGUUGCGGAACCUACGGCAUCGCCAUACGCAAAUCGGUGGUUCAUCUUUCGGAAGCCUAACAAGACACUAAGGUGGAUUCAGGACCUGCAGAAGUUGAAUGCGGUAACCAUCCGGGAUGCUGGCUCGCAACCUCAGACUAACUUAUCAGCAGAAUCGCACGCCGGUCGGAGCAUUUACUCCCUGAUAGAUCUGUACUCAGGGUACGACCAACUUUCGUUGGAUGUUUGGGACAGGCCGUACACCGCUAUGCACACCCCCGUAGGCCAACUACAGAUGCAAGUGACCCCUAUGGGAUUCACAAACGCGGUGGCCGAAGCGCAACUCAGGAUGCUCGCCGUGGUUGGGGACAUGUUCCCAGAAAAAUGUGAGCCUUACAUCGAUGACAAUCCGAUCAAAGGCGCGCAGGAGAAGGACGAGACGGAGGUCCAGCCAGGGAUCCGACGUUUUGUGUGGAACCAUCUGCAGGACAUCAAGGACUUACUCCGCCGGUUCCUAGUAUGCAACAUUACGGCUAGUGGACCAAAGAGUAUCCUAGCAGCACCGGAGAUUGCUGAGCCUAUCCGGGUUAUGAUCAGGGAAGAAGGAACCAUGGAUUGCACGGAGGAGCGAGAAGGAGCUGUCCAAAGGCUCAAGGACGUAUUGACAUCUGAGACAGUCGCCCUGUCCGCACCUUGUUUUAAUGAUGAAGUGGGACGACCCUUCAUCCUAGAGACGGAUGGAGGACCUUUGGUCGUAGGAGGUGUGUUGAUUCAAAGGGACGAGGGAGGAAAAGAGAGGCCGAUUAGGUUCGAAAGUAGAACCCUGAACUCCGCAGAACGGAGGUACUCGCAAUUCAAGAAGGAAGUCCUAGCCAUCCUGCAUUGCCUUAAGACCUUCCAGGCCUACCUAUUUAGGAGGCGGUUUAUCCUCAGGAUCGAUCGGACAAAUGUUGCGGGGGCCUUAAAGAAUUACAGGCCUAUACAUCCGACGGUGGGGAGAUGGGUAGGAUUUAUCUGGCAGUUCGACUAUAAGAUCGGACGGAUUGCGGGAAUUAGGAUCAAGGCUGAUGGGUUGAGCCGGGUCUGCAUCACUCCCGAAGGGGUGGAGGAUGCGGAGCCCAUAGAUGAGUUCCUCGAAUACGAAGGAGGAACUCUUGCGAUGGAUAACGAAAUGAUGAGCGGGGGAUGCACAUCGGGAGAACUAUUGAUCCAGACUUUGGAGAAGGGGGCACCUGCCGUAGUAGCAGAACUUAGAGAAGGAUCAGUUACCGCUUGAGGACGCAGAGAAGAAAAGGACGCAUGGGGAGCGAUAGUAGGACCAAAAGAGGAACUAAUGGCAAUGGCGGUCGAGGUAGGCCGGGAAGCAGUGAUGAGCUUAGUGGAAUCUUGGGAAAGGAAAGAGUUACAAUGGGUGGUAAACCAGAUGCAGGAAGGAAAGGAUGGGGGCAAGGAAGGAGAGGAGUUUUCCUAUGUCUAAUCAUACAAAGGGCUCUUUCGGGAGAUCGGACUGUUGUUGGUAGGAAACAAACAACCUACGGAAGU